GACGUGGCGUGGGCGGGGCUUGAGCGGCCCGGGCGACGGCGCGACCGAGCAUCCUGGCAGCUCCGGGCCACGAGGAGGUAACUGGCGGGGCGGAGGAGGCCACAGUAAACACAGGCGUACAGAAAACAUUUACCAUGGAAGCCAGGGAGCUUGGGAGUCCCACACCCAUCUACCAUCUUCUACCAAAGGCCAACCAGCACACUGUAAAAGAAGAUGCCAGCUCACCAUCUCAAGGGUCUCCAGAAACUAUGCAGCUGAAGAAGGAGAUCUCCUUGCUGAACGGGGUCAGCCUCGUGGUGGGCAACAUGAUUGGCUCAGGGAUCUUUGUCUCGCCCAAGGGUGUUCUAAAAUACACUGCUUCCUAUGGGUUGUCACUUGUAGUGUGGGCCAUUGGUGGGCUCUUCUCUGUUGUGGGUGCCCUUUGUUAUGCAGAACUGGGGACCACUAUCACCAAGUCAGGGGCUAGCUAUGCUUAUAUUCUAGAGGCCUUCGGGGGCUUCAUUGCCUUUAUCCGUCUGUGGGUCUCACUUCUAAUUGUUGAGCCCACCAGUCAGGCCAUCAUCGCCAUCACCUUCGCCAACUAUAUCAUCAAGCCCUCCUUCCCCACCUGUGACCCUCCAUACGUGGCCUGCCGUCUCCUCGCCGCUGCCUGCAUAUGUCUGCUGACAUUUGUGAACUGUGCCUAUGUCAAGUGGGGCACACGAGUACAAGACACAUUCACGUAUGCCAAGGUCCUGGCACUCAUUGCCAUCAUUAUCAUGGGCCUUGUUAAACUGUGCCAGGGACACACUGAGCACUUUCAGGACGCCUUUAAAGGUUCCUCGUGGAACGUGGGAGACCUCUCUCUUGCCCUGUACUCUGCCCUCUUCUCUUACUCAGGUUGGGACACCCUUAAUUUUGUAACAGAAGAAAUCAAAAACCCAGAAAGGAAUUUGCCCUUGGCCAUUGGGAUUUCUAUGCCAGUUGUGACACUCAUCUACAUCCUGACAAAUGUGGCCUAUUACACAGUGCUGAACAUUCAGGAUGUCCAUAAGAGUGAUGCUGUGGCUGUGACCUUUGCUGACCAGACCUUUGGCAUGUUCAGUUGGACCAUCCCCAUUGCUGUUGCUCUGUCCUGCUUUGGGGGCCUGAAUGCAUCCAUCUUUGCUUCAUCAAGGUUGUUUUUCGUGGGCUCUCGUGAGGGCCACCUCCCGAACCUCCUGUCCAUGAUCCACAUUGAGCGCUUUACACCUGUGCCUGCCUUGCUGUUCAAUUGCACCAUGACACUUAUCUACCUCGUCGUGAAGGACGUUUUCCUGCUCAUCAACUACUUCAGCUUCAGCUACUGGUUCUUUGUGGGCUUGUCCGUUGUUGGGCAGCUCUACCUUCGUUGGAAAGAGCCUGACUGGCCUCGACCUCUCAAGCUGAGCCUCUUUUUUCCCAUCGUGUUCUGCAUAUGCUCCUUGUUUCUGGUGGCCGUACCCCUCUUCAGUGACACCAUCAAUUCCCUCAUUGGCAUUGGGAUUGCCCUCUCUGGGGUCCCUGUCUACUUCAUGGGUGUUUACCUACCAGAGUCCCGGAGGCCACUCUUCAUUAGGAAUAUUCUGGCUACUGUCACCAGAGUAACCCAGAAGCUUUGCUUUUGCGUCUUGACUGAGCUAGAUGUAGCUGAAGAGAAAAAUGUUGAGAGGAAAACUGACUAGAAGCCAGAGAUGACAUUCCCUGAAGCCCAUAAGGCUGUGACCACAGCCACCAAAGACCAGUUCCCUAAACCUUCUGGAUUAAAGGAGCCUCUUGGCCUACAUUCUGUAAGGGGGCUCAGGGCCAAUGCUCUCAUUGGUAAGCUAUGGGAAGAUACCGAUCAGGCCAGCCUGAAGAUGGGGGACUUCAAUGGGAGGGGAGGUUGGGGCAGGGGACUGAUUAGUUUUACUUCUGAUGAGUAGAUGCAGCCCUGAAGGAAUAUUAGAUUGACAGCUCUGGCUCUUGAUUCACAGCUAUUUGUAGUUUAAACCAGGAGUCUACAGUGGGGCUCCUUCAUGGGAAGUUUUCCUCUGACCAAGUCUGACUUGAUGUUUAGAGGUCUGAAAUGCUACCAUUUCUUCCUGUGGCUCAAAAUUCUUCCUUGAGGAGAGCGUUGUAUUCCCUGUUUUGUUUGCUGGGUAGGUGUUAUUUAACUCACAUGGGAUCAAUGUGUGCCUCCUUUCCUGAAUUCCACAAGAGGAUCAACACUCCCUCCCUGGAAUGUCACGCUCAAGCCAACAGUAAGCUUGAUGGGAAGAAGACUGUUGAGGAUCUAGGCAUGAAAGUCCUCUAAUUUGUGGAUCCGAAUGUUGGGGUAUCUUUGGGAUCUCACUGCGUAUAGACUAUCCAUCUCCUUGAGGAGGUGCUGCCUGUCUGACUUUGCUUCAAUCAUAUUAGCAGUAUUGUCAGGAUCCUUAGGCAAGGAGGUGAGUUUCUGGCUCAUAAAGGAAUUUGCCUGGGCUACUUGAUUGUGCCCUUCCUAGUUGAAUCCAUGGUGCUGUGGAGCCCUUGAAACAGGGCCGAAAGAAAACCUCACUACUCCAGCCGAGUGGAGCAUCUACUACCUGGACAAGCCACAACUGUCACCAAAUUUCAACUCCUGUAUUUCAUUAUUUAUUGAUAUUUAAUCCAGGACAUCAGUUGUAACAAACCAUUAGUGAUCAUUUGUCUACAGGAUGCAAUAAGUGAAUUGUGUUUGGAAAAAGUAUCUUAGCUGGCCUAGUGGCACACAUCUGUAACCUGAACACUUGGCAUGGUGAUGCGUAAGGAGUUUGAAUUUGAGGCUAACGUAGGUUACAUAAUUUCCAGGUAGCCACUCUGGAAAGAUCAGCCAAGAUCUUGUCUCAUCAUAUACCUGUUAUACUUUAAUAUAUAGAUAAGUCACAUGUUAUCAUUUGCCUCAGAUCCAGCAAGGACAGAUGAGCAACUUCAUGAGUCAGAAGUCUGGUAAUACUGCUAUUUUGAAGGACAAUCCUUUGUUUUGUUAAGACUGUAGAUCUUUGUUCUUCUUGAUAUAAAAUAAAUCUUUGGAUUUCUGGUAUGAAUUGCUGGAGGCCUGGAAUGUUCUGCAUAUGGUGUUAUGCAAAAUUCAGGUAGAUAUCUGAUUCAUCAGUUGUCAUUGGACUCCUGGAUUCAAGUCAUCAAAUAGUUUGUUAUCGUUAAGAGCUUGUGUGAGAUUUCCUAUGUAUGGACUCACAAAAGCCCACUCUGCUGGACGUGGUCAUUAACUUUCUGAAAGCACCAAGCUUUGUUUACACUCUGAACCAUCUAGGGUCAUGGGAAGGUAUACCUGCUUGCCUUCUCUUGCCCAAGGGCUGGUGAGAUUGAAGUCUCAGAAAAUGCUUGGUACUUGUGCAUCUACUGUUUUCUUCCUGUGAAGAUUGAUGAAGACUGUAAAAGAAAACAGCUUCAACCUCAACCUGGCUCCUGGUAAAGGGGAGAAACAGCAAAUUCUGAUGAUCAGACUAGGCUGCCAGUUAAAGCCAAAACAACGGGCUUGGAUCUUUGAGAGCAGUAUGUCUACACUAGAUUAUACAACUAUCUUGAUGCCCUUAGACACUGCCAUCUUGGACAUGGAAGAACCUGCUCUGCUGUCUUGGCAUUCCUUGUGGACAUUUUUUCUUUAAGCUUUAGAGUUUGUGAAAAAUACAGAUAGUAACUAUGAGGCAGUCUCCCAGUACCAAACUGGCCCUAGAUGCACAGGAGUAACCUUGGAUAUAUGCUUGCUCAAUAAAGACUUAGGGGAGUAUGGUCACAGUUGCCAUUGGUUCUGGGCAUGCAUCUGUGAGAGGGUGACAUUCCUACUGUCAUGGGUUGGGAAUCCUGUCUGAUAAGGAGUUUUGUGUAAAGACUGACUUGCCUAGACCGUACAAAUAUGAUCCAUAUCUGAGCUAAGCUGGCAUCCAUUCCAAGGCUCUGCUAGAGCAAAGGUUUUAAGCAAGUUAUGACCCUGGUUUUAGAGGUCUUUGGCCCUUAACCAGCUAAUCCUAGGAAUUUGCUGCCCUCCAGUGGUUUCUGGAAGAAGGGAAAGGGACCUCACACUGAAGGUGCUCUAAUACUUGCUAAAUGAGCCAUGUUCUCCUUAACACUUGACUGAUUUUUUCUUUCUGAGCUGAACACAGCUUCCCCCAGGAACCCUUUCUGUGGGAAAGAAGCCAGACCUCUACAGCAUUUAAGCUUGAUAGUGGAAUUCUUCCCACCAGGUCUUUUGAAUCCACCUCCUGGUGUGCUAAUCCCACUUAUAGUGGUACAGUUUGUUCCCCUUUUGUAGUGGGUACAGCCUGUGAAGUUGUCAGUCCUUUAAUGUUAGCAUAACAGUGAGCACACUGUAGUGGCAAAUAGAAUUUCAGUCCUGUUUGUAUGCCUACAGAUCAAGAUGACUAGUGCUGGAUAUCACAUUGCUGUCUAUUGCUCAAAACACUGAAUUGUUUGUUGAUACUCAGAGUGAGAUAGUUUUGUUGGUUUGAUUAGUUCCAAUAACCACUUGAAUAUACAAAUUCGAUCACUUUGACAAGCUUAAUAACUCCUUGUAGGUGUGUAGAGAGGCUUAUGAACUUGUAAGUACUAGGAAGAAGGCAUCUGUGUUACUUUCCCAUGCAUCCAUCGCAGGAAAAGAGGGUAUUAGCUGAAUUGAAUGUUGAGUGUUACUUCCCUACACUUAGUGUCUCCUACAGUAACUAGUCACAUGUAGCUAAGUUAAAAUGAAAAUCUAGCCAAUUUGGUAAGUAUCCAUGUGUUAUACCAGCACUUGGAAGUUUAAGGCAAGAUUGCAACUUAUAUUAAAAAAACAAAAACCUCUCUCAAUACUGGCUGUGGUGGCUCAUGCCUUUAAUUCCAGCACUAAGGAGGUAGAGGUAGGUGGAUCCCUUUUAAUUUGGGAAGCCUUGUCUCACCCCCUGCCUUCUAAUCAAAAUUCCUUGAGGUUUCUCAGUUGCCCUCCUAUUUUAAGUGCUCAAUAGCCACACGGCUGCACUGUGCAUACACAGAACAUGCUGUGGAUGUUCUUUAUUGGACAAUAAUACAUCUAGGGCUAAGGCAGCUGAGAUUUUAGAAAACAAGGGGAAAUGAAUGCUGAGUUCUGGUGACAGUGUCCUAUUGAUGAUACAGUUGGCCUCCUGUGAUUGUGAGCCCUGCAUUUACUAAUCUAAUUGUAGAUAUAAAGAAAUGUAUUUUGGGGAAAUGUAUGUAUUCUAAACAUGGACUCUCCUCAUUCCCCAAAGAGUUGUGGUAUAACAAUUUAGUGUUUACAUUAGAUUUUUAUAAUCUGAAUACUGUGUCAUCUUAUGUAAGGGACUUGGACACAUGGUGGUUUUUGGUAGUCCUGGAACCACAGAAUGAGGGACAACUGUAAUGGCUUGAGUGAGUGUAAAGUUAAUUCUGAACAUGUAUCUCACUAACCUCUCCUUUUUCUAUGAGGAAAACACCUAAAACAAUUAGAUUUCAAAAAGAAUUGCUUGCUUCUGUGUAAAAUAAGUUUUUAUUAAAGAGUAUCACAUUCA